UAAGGGGUACCCUGCAAGAAUGCCUGGAUAGCGAGCCGGCCUGCAGCGCCCCACAGAGGCAGAGAACGGGGCUAUACGCACUGAACAUCCGCGCCGCAGACUCCCCUGAACGGGUGGUUCCAGCUAACCCGAGACGUCUUUCCAGCACAUGUCCCCGGCGCGAGUUCAUGGCAUGACAGUGCACUGAUGGGUUUGUGGACUUGCAAACCAUCACCCUGUCUGUGGGGGUCCUCCUAGGAAAGCGCUUAUUUGUCCAUGAGGUAAUUAGCCAAUUGAGAUGACGGAGCAGGGGGCGGGUAGAGGGAUACUUUUUGGAAACGCUCUAAUUACAGUCACUAUAACAGAUCUGCCAAAGGUGGUUUCAUGAUUAAUGACUGCCUGAGGUUACCAUCCUCAAACUAUUAAGCCCUUGGAAAUCGCCCAGGGCUGAUCACUAAUACCCAUGCACAGACCCCUCGUUUCGUUCUGCCGAGUAUCUGCAAUUUUGAGGUCUGGUUUUUAGCUGCAUUUUACCGAUUACCCAGGAGUUGGGGAGGGGUAUGGAGCCCAUGGAGAACCAUGCCCAGCUGCCCACGUACCCUAACCUGUGGCUAGCUCGCUCACUUGUUUUGGUCCUUGGCACCCGCCAGACCCCCCGCCCCUCGCUUCGCCGAAAUCCUUUCAAACAAGGUUCCCUCCUGCCACCUGCCGGCCCACUAGGGUCUGCGCCACGGGCUCGGCGCCACCGCGCAGCUCGCGGGGAGGCGCCCCCGCCUCGUUACUGCACAUGCCCGGCAGAAGUCCGGGCGCGCAACUUUGCAGAACCUCUCCGCCGCGUCCCUCCCCACCUCAGUCUCCUCUUUCCUCUCCCAGGCGAGAGGACCAGCGGAGGCACCUCUCCCGGGUCUUAGACUGCAGAGUCUGAGACUUAGAGAGAGGAGCCGAGGCGGAGGGAGACUUUUUCUCCUUUUUUCCCCAUCCCUUCUUCUUGCUCGGAGAGGCAAGCAGGGGCCCGGAGCUUUAGAAAGUUGAGUGGUCAGGAAGGUAGGUGCUUCCCCUUUUCCCCUCACACCGAGGUGGGGCUGGGACCUCUGGAUCCAGCUUCUCACCUCGUGGGGUGCACCUUUUUCGGCUCUAGCAGCCAAUGCGCAUCGGAGCCGCUCUCUGCAGAGCCAGAGGGCGGGUGGUCUUCUCGGUGUGCGCCUAAGAGAAUGGAUCGUAGGUCCCGGGCUCAGCAGUGGCGCCGAGCUCGCCACAACUACAACGAUCUGUGCCCACCCAUCGGCCGCCGAGCAGCCACCGCGCUCCUCUGGCUCUCCUGCUCCAUCGCGCUCCUCCGCGCCCUUGCCACCUCCAACGCCCGCGCCCAGCAGCGCGCGGCCGCCCAGCAGCGCCGGAGCUUCCUUAACGCCCACCACCGCUCCGCCGCCCAGGUGUUCCCCGAGCCCCCCGAAUCUGACCACGAGCACGAGGAGGGAGACCUCGAGCUGUCCCUCCCCGAGUGCCUAGAGUACGAGGAAGAGUUUGACUACGAAUCUGAGACCGAGACCGAGACCGAGUCUGAAAUCGAAUCCGAGACCGACUUCGAGACCGAGCCUGAGACCGCCCCCGCCACUGAGCCCGAGACCGAGCCAGAAGACGAGCGCGGCCCCGUGGUGCCAAAGCACACCACCUUCGGCCAAUCUCUCACCGAGCGUCUGCACGCUCUGAGAUUGCGGAGCCCCGACGCCUCCCCGAGUCGCGCACAGCCCAGCACUCAGGAGCCCCAGAACCCCAGACAGGGGGAGGAGCCCGAGCCCCAGCCCGAGGACAAGGAUCCGAGGGACCCCGAAGAAUCCGAGGAGCCAAAGGAGAAGAAGCAGCAGCGCCGCUGCAAGCCGAAGAAGCCCACCCGCCGCGACCCAUCCCCAGAGUCCCCUUCCAAAAGGGGACCCAUCCCCAUCCGGCGUCACUAAUGGAGGACGCCGUCCAGAUUCUCCUUGUUUUCUUUGAUUCAGGUUAGUUGCCCAUUGCCAAACCGGGGAACCUGGGGUCGGUGUGGGAGCCGCAGGAGGAAGAGAGGGAGGGAGGGAGAAGGAAAGGCAGGUUAGGAGGAAUGCGGGAGGACAGUGGGCUCAGCUAGCCUGAGCGGGGAGGCUGGGGGCCAGGGAGAGCCGGGAAGGCUCCCCAGGACGCUGGGAGGACGCCGGCAGCGCCCAGGUGGCCAAAGGCUUGUUGGACGGCGGGGCGCUCCGCGCGCCCCGCUGGAUACAGCCUGAGGUCUCCGCGCUGGUGUCCAGGACGCGCGACUGAACCCCCGGCG